AUGAGUAAAAACCGAUCUGAUCGUCAUCCAUCACGACAAAUGACAAAUACCACUACCAACCGAUCAUCGUUGUCCCCUUUAUCAAGAGUUCAUCAACGACCCGUUUCAUCUCAUCGUUCCAGUACGCGAUCAAUGGCAAGUUCCAAUACAUCUCAUUCUCGCGUGCCUCGAUCCAUCCAAAUAGAACCUGGUCUUCAAGCUCUUCUUACUGCUGAAGGACAAGCAGCUGAAAUGAUCGCAAAUGCUCGUGCUAAGCGAAAAGAACUACUCCGUCGAGCACAACAUGAGAGUCAAGUUGAGCUUGAAGCACUUCGACAAGAACGUGCUUUUCAAUACACAAUCAAACUACGUGAAGCAACACAACUUGAACAAUUUCAAAGCAAACUCGACGCUGAUCGACAAACUGUACUCGCACAAAUGAAAGAAACGAUGAGAAAAGAACGAAAAUCUCUGAUUCAUUACAUCGUUCAUCGUGUGAUUGAUGACAUUCCUAUUCAAUCCCAUCCGAAUGCGAAACGUGUGACAUUGAACAGCGGAAAAUAG